AUGCGUUUGGGGUUGGAAAUGGGCGUUGAUUAUUAUUAUUAUUAUUUAUUAAUUAUUAUUUAUUUUUUUUUUAAGGACUACGGGGUUUUUUAUUUAUUUUUAAGGUUUAUGAUAUCCCCCUUGCUCCUGUGGGCCAGAGCACAUCAGGAUCAAAAGCAGCAGAAUGAGCCACGAGGUGAGGACUGCAUUAUUACGCCCUUUGUCCAGUGCUUUUAUGCUCUUGGUGGGUGUAGCCGCAUAAACGCGGAUAAUACCCUGCAGUCCACAAAAGAGGGGCAAGACGAUGACAAUAAAUGGAUUAUUUAUGCAAGGCAUCGCCGACGUCUUUACCUCCACCAUGCACGAGAGCUUUCACAGUUUUCUGACGCACAUGACUACUAUCGUUUGAUGAUGUGGUGUCAUGAUCAACGUCUUUUUAUUCAUCCUGCUGUGUGCAUGCGCAGACAUCCAUCUUUGUACCGUGAUCAUAUUUUUGCCGUUUCACAGGAUGUUGACAGGCUGACGCCAUUGCUUGCCAUUCCGGAAGCGCUUGCCAUUGGAUUUAAGGACAUUAGCAGCGCUGGCGAUUUUGACAACGAUUUAAGGAAUGAGAAGCGUGAAAAGGAGUUUAAUGAACUGAACUCCGGCGAGGGGACAGAUGCUGACGUUUGUCGAUUCUUUUUUGACUCACUGAACAUGAUCGUAUCGGAUCUUGUGGCAGCGAAGAGUAGUCCACUCACCGAUCCUCGAUGGGUCUUUGCAGAGCUUCUUGGUAAGGUGCGAACGCUCAAGAAUGCGCCUUACUUUGAAGACGAUGUGGUCUUGGACUCAGAGACGACAGGCCUGGCCGAUGUUUUACUUCAAAUGAUUCGGAAUUACAUCAAUGGAGGACCUCUUGUGGGGAAAUUAGACCGUGCGGAGCUUCGAUGGGCAGUAAGUGUCUGUCUGUCGCAUUCCACACCGCUUGUGAUUGCCUCUACAAGAUCCAUUGGGAUGAUACCUAUUGUUCAUCUGUUUCCACAUGGUGGGAAAGAAACGAAUUCCUUUCUUGUUGCCCGUACGAGCCGGCCGAAUUCAACGGAGAGAAUUGCAGCGUUUUUUAGCAAACACCAUGGCUAUGACUUUAUGCGUGACAGAGAAGGGAAAUGGAUCUUUCUUGUCCCGUCCCGCCCCCUGCAGUCUGGCGAGGAGAUUCGGCUGCAGGCCAUGACCCCUGUCUGUGGAAAGGACUCGGAGGCCGAGAAAAUGUGGCGGCUUUCGUGUGCUGCGGCUCCUCAGGAAUACAUGACAUCUUCUGCCGUGGCUCACAUGCAGCGGUGUCUUACGCGUGAACUCAUUGAUAGGGGAGGGGAUAUCCUUGCCGAACGACGCGGUGGUGCACCGUCUUAA